UGUUAGCAUGCGAUGCUAGUUAGCUAGCUGCCCCGCCGGUGGACCAAACGCAUUCAUUUGUUAUUUCCCUCAAUCUGUGGUUAUUUCCUCUCUCAUUUUCCAUUUAAGUUUUGUGUUAAUCGGAAAGGACGCUGCAAUUUAUGUUUACUUUGUUUUGUCGCUGCGGUUGAUUUAACAUUACCAGAAAGUUAGCAUUAGCUUUGCUACUUUGGCUGGCUAAGAGGUUGGUCUGAAUUUUUUUUACCUGUAAAUUAGUUAUAACCAUAUUUUUCAGGACAAGAAAAUGCACGUUGCAAGCACACGGCGACUGCAUAUGGAAACCUACAGGAACACACCAAGUCUAACUGCAUCUUUGUGUUAGGACUGGACGUGCACGCAGCUGUUGCGUUAUUUGCGCAGAUCUUCUCAUUUAAAGUGAAUUGAUUCCACGCAAGAAAAUGCCACAAACUAAGUGCGUCAACAUUACAAGAAGUAAAAGAGCAGGCUCGUCAUAGAAUAGACAAGCAACCCAAAGUCUACAGUGAUGUGUGCAGCGUGAGCCUGAAAAAGAUUUACAAUUAAUACUCACUCAGACUUAAAAAAAUAAAUAAAAAGAUACAGAAGAGUGUUGUAAUAUAUAGAGAAAAAAAUAUCACUGGAAGCAUUAAAUGUAGGUGAUGGGUACACGGUCUAACCUGUGCAGAAAUGGACCACUACAGAUCCCGCAGUCCCAACUCCAGCUACCACAGCCGCCACUCAGCAUACGACAGAGAAAGAGGAGACAGAGGAAGGAACCGCUGCGAGAAUCAACGCCUCAGACCAAACAACCACCGGCAGCAUCAGUCCGAGUUGGCUGCAGAGAAAAACCCGCAGAACUCUCGGGCUUUGAGCACCAGAAGGGAGCUUUAUGAGCGGGACUUUCCUGUGUACAAACAGCCGGUGGAAGUGGGGAACUUUUCCCUCGACUCUGAACGCAGAUUCUUCAAUGACAGCAGACAGAUGAGAUACUAUGUGGAACCUGAUAGAAACCCGAACUUCAACCUGAGGGACGGAUACAAGGACCGCUUCAUAAAGAGAGAUGACAGCGUGAAGGAGAAGCUGAGCCACAUCCUCCGCUGGGUCAUAGCCAAUAGAUCAAAGCUGACCACGAGGAUGACCACAGCCUCGCCUUGUGCUUUAGAUGUGGACUUUGUGACGUGGCGAGGACACCUGACCAAGCUGCUGACCACGCCGUAUGAGACCAGAGAGGGCUGGAUGCUGGCGGCCACCAAGUUCAGAGGCACCAUUUACAUCAGCGAGGUGGAAACGGAAGCUGCUCAGAGGGAACGGGAGAACCGGACCGAGAGGCACGAAGAGAUGAUGUACUGGGGAUACAAGUUUGAGCAGUACAUGUGUGCAGAUAACGUCCACAGUGCUCCUGACCCCGACGGAGUGGUGAACACCAACGAAGCCUUCUGCACCGUCGUACAGACCCGACUCGCCGAUCACAGACUUCUGUUCUCCGGCGAGGUGGACUGUCGGGAUAAAGAUCCCAGCGCUCCGGCUCCUCCCACCUGUUACAUCGAGCUGAAGACAUCCGCAGAGAUCUGCACGCCCAAGCAGCGCAGCAACCUCCACAGGUUCAAGCUGCUGAAGUGGUGGGCCCAGUCCUUCCUUCCAGGGGUCCCUCGCGUCGUGGCAGGUUUUCGGGAUCAUGAAGGAGUCGUGGUUUCUGUGGAGACCUUUCACAUCUCCAAAAUCUCACAGCUCAUCAAGAAUGAAUACAACUGCUGGAGGCCGACGGUGUGUAUGAACUUCUGCUGUGAUUUCCUGUCUUUUGUGAAGCGUGCAGUAACCGAAGACAGCCACAGCGUCGUCUACCUGUUCUCCUGGGAGCCGCACAAAGAUGUGACCUACUCCGUCCACAGGGAUUCCCAGUACUCGUUCCUGCCACACUGGUUCAUCGACGAGAUGAGCACAAGGCCAGACUCCCAUCACCAGUCCUGAUUUACAACCACAGCUUCCCCAACAGAGUCCAUCAAUCCACUGCACACAUCCGAAAUACUGAUGAGUGUCGACGAGUCACUUGAGGACGUUUGUCCGGCAGCGCUGAAGCAUGUUUUGUUUUUUUCUGGCAUGUGCGGACUUGAAAUAAAACAACCACUGCAGUACGGUCAAACUUUAA